AUGACAAUCAAUUGCUUGAGCCUUGACCCAAGCUAUCAUACCUUCAUCCGUCUGCAAGUUUGCGGCUUUGCCCUCGAACCUGAGAAUCCCCCGACGACAGAUCACCAUGAAUCCUCCUUAUCCGGGUCCUUGCCCGUUUCCGCACUGUGCUACGUUCAAAGAGGCGUGGAGGGCUGGAUGAUGCCAACGCCGUCACUUCCUGCCACAAGUCAAAGGCAUCCGCAGGUCUUCGUCCUUGCUGGCCACUCUGCUGCCCUGGGAGUCGAGCACAAAAAUGCGCUAGGAACAGGUCAGGUUCAGGCACAUCGUCUCGACGUAUCCCAUCCCAUCCCAACCCGACUUCCUGGCCGCAACUCCAAUUUUGCCCGCACUUGUUCUUCGUCUGAAGAUGAAGAAGGCGGCCCUGCGUUCACCACCGCCUUGAUGUAUCCCACCACGCCUGCCGACGGCUCGUCGACUAUCCGUUUCCGACCGGGUAUAUUGUUGCUCCGUUGUCACAAGGUAGUGAAUGAGGAUCGGUACGUUGCCUUACACCCAGGUUAG